GCCAGCACAUCCUCUGCAGGCAGCACUGUAUCAGCAGCUCACCGCCUCAGCAGCAACAUCUCUUCCUACCAACAUGGAUAUCGUAAGGGCACAAUGGUCAACAACGACGCGACCAAUACGCUGGUCACCAACGGUUUCGCGAGCGGUUCAACUAUAAACCGGUUUGUUCCAAACGGUUCAGUCAGCGGCAGCUCGCCUUUUCGUGGAAACUCAUCGCAUACCGUACCUAAUGGAGGCAGCAGUUUACGGAAUGGAGGAUCGCCACGCUGUUCGCUCGCCAGGUUUGUUGUUCAUCCUUGUUGCUGCACUUAA